AUGGCGAGGGGGAUGUAUCAGAAAGCCCCGGAGCUAUGGGAAUUGAUUCAGUCCCUGCUUGGGUACAAACCAGGCGACCUGCCGCCGGUCGGCGCCGAGACGAUCUUGGACGAAGAGGAUGCCGACGCGGAGUAUUGGGCAGGGACGGAACGCGCAGACGAUAAUCUGACAAAGAGGGCAAGAUUCGCAAAUAUCAAAAUCACUGUGAUAUUGAGCAUUCUUGCCCAUGGUCGCGACCCACAUUGCAACGCCCUCCAAAGUAUUCUAGGAAUAUUUUGCCACACCUGUAACGCCCCCGAAAAGCUCGUGAAGGUUCUAUCCAAGAUGGGGGUAUCAAUUUCCCUCGAAUCUGUUCGCCGCGCGACUGUUUCUCUAUCGGAGAAGAGCUCAGAGGCUAUCGAGAAGCUUGGCCGCUCGCGACUCGCUUCCUACGGCGUCGAUAACUUCGACUUCCUCCUAAAAACUGGUAUCCCUACUGUCGACGAUCCCCGCUCCCUCGGAAUGCUUCACAUGGCCUCAGGCACCCUCCUCGAGCUGGCUCACGGCGUCACUGACGAUGACCUCCGGUGCUCGGAGUAUAUCUGGAAUCGAUCCGAGCACAACACGCGCGCCACUGACCCGUGCUACUUCAAUCCAUACACUACAUUACAACAUCUAUUUACGCUGCAUGUAGACGACAGCACUACGGGCCUCAGCCGCCGAGGGGAAUUCCGUUCCUGGGUCUUUCUGCGCACUCUUAUCGAGCACGGUCCUCGAUUCUUCGAGGGCUGCGCUGAUCAGAUCUCCGAGCCUGUGGCUGUCGACAAGAUCCCCGUCACUAAAUUACACCACGUACCUCUCCGUGCUAUGGAUAUAAACCUUUCCUCGGUCACCGGAAACAUCAAUGUCAUCGGAUCGAUGUUUCGGCAGGCCGGCGUAGGCAACCCCAACAGCGCAGGCUCUCAGAGUAUGGAGGAUCCUGUCGAAGACAUCUCAGCAUUCGUCACACUUGUGCACGGAGAUCUAGGGACGUACGAGCGGCUCUUGACAGCGCUGCGUCGGCGAUCGGUUGAGCAUACUCCCGAAGACCGCCUGCAGUCUGUAGUAUUCGUGCUAGGACUCUUUCACCUCAAGAUGGCGGCGGCGGAUACAAUUUGGAGGCUGCUAGUCACUCCUGAAGGUGCUCGGAAGGACCCGCUGGGUUUCUACAAGCUUGCUGCCAAGCUUCGUCCAAAGGACAGUAGCCAUAUCAUCGCCAAUGCGAAAUUCCGCGAGCAGCAUCAGAUAAUCGGGCACGUCGGAGGGAUACUCCGCAUAGACGCAUGGCGGGUGGAAGUGAAGCGGCGCUUUGGGUUUGACACCCUCGAGGAAUGGGCAGCAACAAAACCCUCGUUCUCUGACAUCAAAGAGAUUGCCGACGCCCUCACGCUCAACUACGUCGAGGGGGAAGGAGUUGACCUCUAUGGCGUCGCUGGCCAGCCGGGUCGGGACCACCUCCGCGACAACACCCGGCGCACUCACAACUUCCUGCUCAUGUACGAGGAGCUCUCGUAUGCCAUGAACGCCGGCGAUAUCGGGCGCGUGGAAACUGUGCUGCGAGUCUGGAUCCCGCUGUUUCGCGCGGCAGGGAAGCACAAGUACGGCUCACGUACACUACGGUUCAUUCACUCGCUAUACUUUGUUUAUCCGGAGCGAUUACGGCGCGCGAUACGGUACAAUAUCCUCGUAAACCCGACGGGAAAACCGAAUGCCUUCCGCGCGGUCGACUGGAUAGUAGAGUAUAUAAACCUGUUGAUCAAGUUCUUCCACUGUGGCGAGGGUCCGAACUUCACCAAGGAGCGAAUUCUCCUGGAGUCGGUGCUCGUCCUCAUCUACCGGAACAUGCACAAGAUAAUACAACGAAAUUUCGGACUACCUGGCCUCACAACUGCUCACAGCACACCAGACAUGAGGGCGACAUUCAAAUCAAUAUUAGAGGCUAUACUAGGGGAGGGAGUGGGUCCGAACGAGUAUGAAGCAGGUCGUAAGACGUCGUAUCCGAUACCGGAUGCUAUUAGUGAUGGUCAGGACAUUAUCGAGAAGGAGGGCGACAAGCUUGCGCGGGCUGAACAAGGGGCAGGCGAGGGAGACGUGGAGAUGGCGGACGAGACAGAAGAGGCGCAGGAUGGGGCGGGUGAUGAGGCGGAAGCUGGAGGUGUGCCGGAACUGACGAUAGACGACUUGAGCGCGGAAGGUUCACUGUAG